AAUCGACCAGAAUUUCUCAGGAAGGAAAGCUGCCCCCAAAAAGAUUGCCUGGCUAUAGCAACUUGGUGUCUGUCACUGGCGUCGGCUCUCACCCUUGGAGGCCAUGUUGGAGGAGGCCAAAGUGUGGCCGAUUAACACUUCUCUCAGGUUUCAGUCGGUGGAGAUGCAGUAGACUGAUUGUGAGGGACAAAGGCAAGACUGCAGAAAUCGAAGGGAAUGUUUUGAAGACGGCCCCCGAAGGAAGGCAAAGCCCAUCAAUAUCAGAAAGCCAGACAUCAUGGAUCAUGGAGUCACCCUUCUCAAGAUCAGCCUGAGACCUUCAAUAAGGUAAGCGGCACUGACGUUUACCUUUUAGCCGUUUCGUGCGGUCUGUGGUGGCAGCGCAAGAGAAAUCGAGGGAGGCGAAUCGUCACGGAAAGGUGUGAAGGGCGAGGAACACACAAUGGCGGCUGCCGGAACAACAGGGAACACCACGCCUCAUCAAGCCUCGCCAGUGCCACAGAAAUGACGUGUCUAACUACAUCAGCGAGUAGCCCUGUAAUCUUCGUAGCAUGCGGCUUGGCGAGUCUGCUGCUUCUGUUGCCCAGCGCCACAGAAGGCAUUGUCAAGCCACCGCCGCCUCCUUCGCAUAACAGUGGCGGACAGGGGGCUCAGCAGCAACAGCCUCCGCAGCAGGCGGCGGCGGCGGCCGGUGGGGCGGCGCCCAAGAGUUUCUGGUACGACUUCACGUCGCCGUUCACCGAGUCGUACGACGACCAGGAGGCGGCCGAGGCCAACACCGAGGAGUCCCCGGGCGCCGACGAGGUCACCACCGAGCCGCUGCCCUUCUUCGAGGACGUCGACGCCGGCGCCAGCAACGUCACCGCGCAGCUCGGCUCCACCGCCACUCUGCACUGCCGCGUCAACGAUCUCCGCGACAAAACGGUUUCUUGGGUGAGACGUCACGGUGAGGAGCUGCGCUUGAUCACCUUCGGUCUGCACACGUACAUCAGCGACAGCAGGUUCGCGCUGAUGUUCGAGGCGCCCAACAACUGGCGCCUGCAAAUCCGGUACGCCACCGCCAGGGACCAGGGCCACUACGAGUGCCAGGUCUCCUCCCACCCCCCUCGUGUUCUGCAAGUUCUUCUGACUGUCGUAGCUCCACGAGUGGAGAUCGUAGAUGAGCGCGGUGUACCAAUUGUCGAUAAAUUCUACAAAACGGGCAGCACGAUCGAGCUCAAGUGUGUUAUCAGUCAAGUCCCGCAUCCAUCCACUUACGUCACUUGGAAGCACGGCCAGCGAAUGCUCAAUUACGACACCUCUCGAGGCGGAAUAAGCGUCAAGACGGACAUUCUCAGCUCGGGAGCCACCAGUUUUUUGUACAUCGCCAACGCCAACCAGCACGACUCUGGCAACUACACGUGUGCCCUCACCGACGUGGCAGAAGCAACGAUUUCCGUUCAUGUGCUCAAUGGCGAGAGUCCGGCGGCGAUGCAGCACAGCGGCGGCGGACUGCUGCUCACAGCGACGUGGCCGUUGUGGCCGCUGGGUCUGGUGACCGCGGCCGCCGCGCAACUCGUCCUAUGCGAGCACCGCUGGCACCGGUGAUAAGCAGUGUGGUGUGGGAAGAAAGUGGGACGUGCGACGCGGCGAUAAGGACACGCAGAGACUAAUCAUCUCUCGGCGAGGGGUGUGAGUGAAAUCGAGAAGGAAAAGGCAAGGCCGCCUGUCCGAGUGGAAAAAAGGCGAUUCCGAGGAAAAGAUGAAAAAAAAACGUCGCGCACUUGUUGGUGUUUCUGUUGUUAAAUACGAAUACGACGGACAAGCAUUAUCGGAAUUUAAUGUGAGACGAAAAAAAUAUCGUUUUUAUCUCCGGGACAAGAAGUGAGUGGUUGGUUCAGGUGAGGCAGAGACUCGCUUUCGCCAUCUCUACAAAAACUAAUUCUUGCUUUGGUACACUUGGAUGUUUUCUCUGGAAAUCUCAUUCCGAAAGUUUCAAAACAUCAAAUUAAGGCGAAUUCAUUUGCAGAAGUUUGUUUUGAUUUUUCAAUGUGUCUUGUUAAUUCUGUUUUUCAACGAGAAUUCUCUCUGCUAAUUAAUCCAGUUCAAAAAUUUGUGCAAAAUGUUAACGACGUCUUUUCCGGAAAGAAAAGUUUUCUAAUUAAUUAGCAUUGUUCUGCAACUUCCUUUUGUCGGUUCGCGAGAAAAGUUUCGCUAUUCAGGUAGCUCGGCUAAUUAUCUUGACCGAAAUCAGACACCGCCGAAAACUUUUCUCCUUUUUUGGUUUCGCCGCAAAACCCAUCACGAUUCGCCACCGUAUACUAUGUAAUUCUAUUCGUAAAUUAUUGUAUACAUGUCUCGUACGUGGAUUGAUGUGUUAAAAAAGAAAUUGAGAGAUAGAAUAUGAAAGUGAAAAAAAACGUUGAGAGAAAAUGAAAUUCCCGGCCACCGCCAAGUUAAUUAGCCCGUCUGUCAAUCUUUUGACGUGGAGUGUUAAUUUUUCAGCGCGUUUUUUAACUCUCUCCACAUCAAACGAUCCGCAGACUGUUCAAAUGGAGCUCCUAGGAUUUCCCCCGCGACGCUCGGUUUAACUUCAGCGCGGCGGCUUUUUGCUCAUCCCGAUUCGCCUUGAUCAUGCAUAAUAAAUUCUAUCUCUCAGUGGGCGACUGUUCUGUAAAUGGCAAUUAAUAAAUAAAAAAGAUUCACGAGAGAAAGAC